AUGAAUGGAUAACAGACUUAGUAAAAUUCUAAAGUAAAUGAUAAGAAAAGCAGAUUCAAGAACAGACUGAUUGGCAUGGGAAAGAUAGAUUUCUCUUCAACUGUAGCUCAGGGUUAGAAAGACGGCACUAUGUUUAGUCCUCAGCUAGAUCGAGACUUGCAAAGCUUUAAAUCAGUUGGACCUAUAUUCGAAGGCAUGCCUUUCGUUAGAUACAGCAGUAAGCCAAUUGAUUGGAUCACUAUAAGCAAUGAAGAAAAAGAUACUGCUUAUGAUGAAGAUGAUGACUAUAGACUGAUAAAUAAAGAAUUUAAGAAAAAGAAGUUAUCGAUACCUAUCUAAGAGAAAAGUGGCUAAUCAAGAAUAAAAAGACACAUUCAUGCCAGUAGUACAACCAAUAAUCUCAUAAUUCCAAUGACCUAAAAAAUAAACUAAAUGAUUAGCUAAAAAUAGAUGCAGCAGUAAGCUCAUUAACUCUUUACUCAAGCAUCUGCUGCCUAACUUAAUCUUAAAAAAUAAGCUGCAUCUUCAUCCCCCAUGAAAUAACAGCUUCAACAGUAGCUUCAGAAAAAGUAAACUCUAGCUGCAAUUAAAUUUAAAGAUUUUAAGAUAAAUAAUCCUGGAGGGGGUCCCAAAUUAAAAUUUAAUAAGUUCUCAAGUAAUCUAAAUGCAAAUGAUGAAGGCGAUAGUUUAGAUGAUCAUGAAAAGGAGUUCUUCUUUCUGAGUAUGAAGUAGUUUUUGUAAUUUCAGGCACGUCGUAAAUCAUGUCAUUGCACUAUGUGUGGAGGGGAUCUUAAGAAUCAGUCGUUAAGGAAUAAAGCUGAGUAUAUUGAUGCAGAAGUAGCUCUCAUAAAUUAGUUGUCAACUGUCAAGUAGCAGAAGUAGUCAUUUAAGAAUUAUCUUUUGAAGGAUAUUACGAAAAAAGUAUAAGAGUAUAUUAAGUUUAAACAAGUCAAGGAUCAGCUCGCGACUAUACAAUAAAAAGAAUAAAAAAGUACUAGUAAAAAGAAAUUUGGCAGAUUCUUCAAUAUUGGAAUGAAAUCGAGAAGCAGAGGAUUAUCAAAUUCGGGAAGCAAGGAAUUCUAAAGCGAUUCAAAACUAAUGAAAAUUUAAACUCCUUCUGAUAAAAAUGCUAUAAGCCAUGAUGACUCUGGAUCUACAAAGGCUAUUCAACUGAAAUCUAUGCAAAGUGCAAGUGCAUUUCCAACUAAUUUUUAAAAACCAAUUUAGUAAAUGACUUUUGCUAAAAGUCAUACCAUAUUAGUAAGAGAAUCUUUGGAUGAGUAUCAUUAAACAAUAUCUCCAAACAAGAAAAGAGAGAGGGAAGAAUCUCCUACUAAGUAUUCAGAUCCAAAUAUCCCUAUAAAUAAAGAUGAAAAUUAAGACUAAAUGGACCUCGAGCUCUAACUGCUAAGACCUUAUCUGAAUGACCUUAAAAGUAAAAAUAACAGAUUUUUUGGGAACUCCAGUAAUAUAUCAAUUACCUCUUUUGAGAACAGUUAAAAAUUGUAAGAUAGGCAAAAGUUUGGAGCUUUCACACUCUAAUCAAUGGAUAGAGACUAUGUGAGUAAAAAUAGGCUUUAAGAGAUUGAGGAGAUAAUACUGAGAGAACUUGAGAAUUAAAACGAGGAGUACAAAAAUUUUAUUCAAGAGGAAAUCUAGAAAAAUAUCAAGAACAAUAGAACAUAGAAAAACCCCCAAAGAAAAUCAUUCUUGUAUAAUCUUACUAGCCCUAAUUUACAAGUAUCACCCAUUAUUAAAUCAUUGGAUCAGGAUCAUCUAAAGAGUUAGUUUGCACCUUAGCACAAACCUGAUAUUUUAUCUCUACCUCAGACGAGAACAAUAUCAAAAAGAGGGUCUGACUCAUUCAGUGAUUCCUCCUCCGAUUCUGUAUCAGCAAAGUCCACUUAAAGAAGCAAUAAUAAUAAUUAAUAGGAUAUGAGGGAUAACAGAGCAACCAUAUUUUUGACUAGUAAGAUGUUUAGAAGGCCUAAAGAUAGAACAUAUCUUUAACCAGUAAAGUAAAUAGUUAGAAAUUACAAUAGCACACUUAAUAUAGUACAGAAUUAGGACUUAGUCCAAACUUCUUCUCAGAACAAUAUAAUAUAGGCGCCAAUGAUUAAGAUAUAAGAUUCAGUAUUGAGUUCUCAGUAUGGAAGUGUAAGUCAGCAACACAAUUUAUUUGAAUAGAGGAGUUAAAGUAUUUAAAGUAACCCCUAUGUGCAGAACCUGACCAAACCAUCAGUCUAAAUUUUAAAUAAUAACUACUAGUAGACUGCUAAAACACUUCGAGGCUCAUUGAAAUCUUAGCAAUCUUCAAGAAAGUCUCUAAACUCAGCAAUAUUAAAGUAUAUGGACAAGUCUGAUUAAGUUUUCCAUCAAAAAUUAAUAAAUAAAAUACAUAUUCAGGAAAAAAAUCACAUGUUCUUUAAGAGAUAAUCCACUGAAUAAAGCUAACUUCAGAGGGUAAGCACAGCUAAACCUCAAAUUUUAGGUCAAAAGCCUCAAAGAUAAAUAUAAAGAGUAUUGGAGAGCUCAAAAUCCUAGAGACGAGUUUAUACAAGCAUGCAGUAAAGUAGAGAAAUAUCAGGGCAAAGAAACAGAUUAGGAAGUUAACUGUAAGAUCUUUUUGCUCAAAAUACAUUUGAAUGA